AUGGCUAUGGCUUUCAAGAUGGCGACGACCGGCAUGUGGGUGACGGACGAAUGCAAGAACUCAUUCAUGGAGAUGAAGUGGAAGAAGGUUCAUAGGUACAUCGUGUUCAAGAUUGACGAGGGAUCGAAGCUGGUGACGGUGGACAAAGUCGGUGCAGCUGGUGAAGGUUACGAUGAUUUAGCUGCAUCACUACCAGAGGAUGAUUGCCGAUAUGCUGUCUUUGAUUUCGACUUUGUUACUGUCGAUAAUUGCCGCAAGAGCAAGAUCUUCUUCAUUGCAUGGGCACCGACGGCAUCGAGAAUUAGGGCGAAAAUGCUGUACGCAACGUCGAAAGAUGGACUAAGGAGGGCAUUAGAUGGGAUCCAUUAUGAAGUGCAAGCUACGGAUCCAACCGAGAUGGGAUUUGAUGUGAUUAAGGACAAAGCCAAAUAAUUGAGAUGACAAAUUGAUAAAAUUUUGUGUUUUGGCAUCUUAAUUAAUUUAGUUUAAUUUAAUAACUCCACUUAGUGAUGCUUUCUUGUCAAUCAAUACCAUCAUCUUUUUCUAGGAUCUGUCUGCUUGUAACUGUAACCUUAAUCAUCCCUCUUGUGUUUUUUAAGCUAACAUAAACUUUUUUCUUUUAUAUU